CAAACCCUAAAUUUGAUGUGCCAAGUCCGCACUUCCUUUAGUUUGGAGUCUCACGCUAUGCUACAAGUAUUAAAGAUUACUGUGACGAUGUAUCCCAGCAUUGCCAAUCGCAGUGGGAAGGCCCUUUCAUGGAAGUGGUAUUGCAUGCAAUCUGGACAAGUCAGAUCAAGCCAUAGAGAGGCCAUAGAGGACGUUGCAUGCAGUGCUGCAAGGAUUGGCGCCGCAUCAAACACUGUGAUGCUGGCAUUGCACCGUUUUGAAAAGAAGGUGGUAGAACUGUGCAGGGUCCCUGCUGUGAAUGCGACAGGGGGGCAGUGGCAUGUUGAUCACUUGCGAAGUUGGAAAUUGAUUAUAUUGGAGCAAAGUGAGUGGCAAAACGAGUGGCUGCAAUCAUAUACAGCAAAUUACAGCCAACCAACCUCUGAAGGUUUGAAUUUCCAGCAGAGACUGAAUCUUCGGAGAGCGUGAUUGGGACAUGGCGCCCCAUGCUGAUAAUGCGAGCAGAACAACCAAUGCAGAUAAGAUCGAUGAGGUGUCUCGUAACGCCACAUGGAGGGAGCACCUCAAGAAGGAGCUGAAGAGGCCCACCGUUGUGGCCGACUAUCAUCUCCCAGACCCUAGACUAAUUGAGACGCUAACAGACAAGCCCAACCGGGUGAAUCCCCACAUCAAAAUAACGGCGGAGGACUUUGAGAACGCGACGAGCCGGCUGGCCUCCAUGUGUACGCUCAAGGACGACCACCUGCUGCCGUCCGAAAAGUACGAGCUGCCGCAGACGUCCGCACAGGAGUACGGCUGGGUCACUAAGCCGCUGCUGGAGCGGAACAUGAUGUUCAGCUACCCCCGGCGGACCAACGAGAUUAUGGAGUACGCGGCGCACUAUCACGCGAUGACCGGGGCCGGCCAGCACGCAAAGAAGCAGGGGCAAACGCAGUCCAUGAAGCACACGUCUGCGAAGUCCCCGGCGGCAUAACUCAGUCAAGACCACUAAUUAAAUUCAGCAGCCUUUUAGUUCCUAGACCCGUUACAUGAUGUAUAUUUUUGACCAUUCGUGAUACGGUGCUUAUGCUUGUAUGCAAUUCCAAUGGACCUGUAUGCGAUGUAGGUGUAGUCGUUCAGCGGGGUGGUCUUACUCCCCCACCGGGAGAACUUUCUUUGUUGUGCGCCAGGAACAGUUUCGAGAGUUCCGUCGUGUAAUGAUAUCCAGCGCGUGAACACCGGAAAUCUGGUUGGAUGUGGUAUGGCAUCCGAAGUCCAAGGUUUGGACUCGAGUCCG